CACCGAUUGUCGGUGCUUCGGGCUUGUCAAGCGCUUGGGCAGCGGCAAAGCAACAAGAGCUGCAACCCGCUAUACGGAAGCACAAAGAGUUGUCACCCACCCACACCCCUGGCGUUGGAAUCGAACACCUCGGUGCGUGGAGCGCGUGCCGGCCGGCGGUCUUGGUGGCAUCCGACAAGUCUUCGCCGAGCUUCGAGCACAACAAACCCUCUUUGCCCCGGCAGCCUUGGAGCGUCCGCGAGCACACAGAGCUGCGGUGGCGUGGCCGGAGGAGAGCUACUACUGUUACUCCCGCCGUAAAACGACACGAGGAACGAUCGGGUGUAAGGCUUAGCUCCCUUGCUGCUGCACCUACGCAACCAUGUCGACACUCGCCGCCGCUCGUGCGGACAACAUGUACUACCCCCCGGAGUGGAGGCCGGAGUAUGGGGGCAUCUCCAAGUUCCAGGGCUCGAACGGCCACAACCAGUACGAGAAGUACGGCAAGAUUAGGUUCGAGCUGCCGGAUCACGGAUGGUGCCUCGGCUGUGGGCGGCACAUCGGCAGGGGAACACGGUUCAACGCGACCAAGGACCAGGCGGGCACCUACUACAGCACCAAGAUCUGGCAGUUCUCCAUGAAGUGCCCCUCGUGCAGCAACGUGAUGGUCAUCAAGACCGACCCCAAGAACACCGGCUACGAGUACGUGGAGGGCAUCCGCAAGAAGGACAUGGAGUUCGACCCAGAGGAGGCGGAGACGCAACGCGUGCAGGACAGCGAAGUCUCGAAGCAACUCGCAGUCGACCCGCUCUACCGGCUGGAGCACGAGCAGCGGGACAAACGUAGAGCGGCUUCGCGGAAGACCGUGCUCACGCGCCUGACGGAGCUGGCCGACGCGCACGCGCAGGACGACUACUCCUCCAACGCGCGCUUGCGGCAAACGAUGCGCGCUCGAAAGAAGAAGGAGCGCGAGAGGGAGGAGGAAGCGACGGCGAAAGGGCUCGGGAUACGCCUCGUGACCCCUAGCCCGGCCGACGCGGAUGCCGCCCGGAGUGUCAAGUACCGCAGCCGGCACAAGGGCUUCAGGACUGGAGAGAAGGCCAAGAUGGCGGCCAUCACGGGCGAGUCCAUCUUUGGGUCAGGCAGGGAGUCCUCCGAGCAAGCCCGGCGGAAAGCCGUGCUCGUUAAGGCCUCCAAGCUCGGCCUCAAGACCAGAGGCAUGCGCUUGUUGCGGCCGGAUCAGGGCAGCCGCUGCGGCGACGGCGAACGGGCAGCGACGCAGCGGGCGCCGUCGCGUUCUUUGGGUGCUUCUUCUUGCUCUCGAGGUUCCAUAAGCGGGGCGUCCGCUUGUAGGCACUCCGAAGCACCGGACGGCAGCAGAAGCAGUAGAAGUAGCGACGGCAGCAGUAUUCUGCGAGAAGAUGUGAAAAAGAGACGAAGACGUCCCGAAACAGCGGGAGCACAAGGAAGAGGAGAUGGAGCCCAAGGUGUCUUUGUUGGUAGUGACGCAGCGCAUGGCAUCGGGGUGGUGGACGGGGUUGGGGUCGUGCUUGUCGGUAAAGGCGAGAGGCCAUCUAGCGCUGAAGAGCGGUCAAUUAGCCAGGCAAGUAGACUCAAGGACGAGGCGGGAGUUCUCCCACCGAAGAAGAGACGGCGGAAGCACGGGACGGCUGGUGGCAAUGCCGGCAACGGUGGACUGGCGGCGAUCGCAAGCUUGUACUGAUUUUUUUUUUAGGGGUGGGGGUGCACGCGUCUUGUGUGCAAGGGAGAAAGUUCCGGCGCCCUUGGGUUCUCCGGAAAAAUGAAAAUUCUUUUUCUACCGCAACUGUGGCAUCACCAUUACGCGUAGACGGUCAGCUCCGCCGUGUAGCGCUCUGCUUCGUAUGACAUGACAGCUGUACUGCCCGUUGCGUAGCCGGGGUUAUUGGUGCCUGAUUUUUUUGCAGCGAUGAUUUACGUGUGGACAUGAUUUCGUCUUGCCGGCGGUGGGGGCCUACUCAACCUUGGGCACGCGCAGAGGCGGGGGACUUGCGUGGUUUAGGAACAACUGGGAAUUCUUAC